GCUCCUGCCCCUCAGCAAAGCAGCUGCCUGGCAGGCCUCCUUGUGCACACGGUCUGCUGUGCUGCUGAGGCACAGCUACUCUGACCUACGACACUCUCCGGUUUGCCGAGUUUGAAGAUUUCCCUGAGACCUCAGAGCCUGUUUGGAUACUGGGUAGAAAAUACAGCAUUUUCACAGAAAAGGAGGAGAUCUUGUCUGAUGUGGCAUCUAGACUUUGGUUUACAUACAGGAAAAACUUUGCAGCCAUUGGGGGAACCGGCCCCACCUCGGACACGGGCUGGGGCUGCAUGCUGCGGUGUGGACAGAUGAUCUUUGCUCAAGCCCUGAUCUGCCGACACUUAGGCCGAGACUGGAGGUGGACACAGCAGGAGAGGCAGCCCGACAGCUACUGCAGCGUCCUCAGCGCCUUCAUCGACAGGAAGGACAGUCACUACUCCAUUCACCAGAUAGCGCAAAUGGGAGUUGGCGAAGGCAAGUCUAUAGGCCAAUGGUACGGACCCAACACCGUCGCCCAGGUCCUCAAGAAGCUUGCUGUCUUCGACACGUGGAGCUCCCUGGCAGUUCACGUAGCUAUGGACAACACUGUGGUGAUGGAGGAAAUCAGAAGGCUCUGCAAGACCAGCCUUUCCUGUGCAGGGGCUGCUGCGUUCCCUGCAGGCUCUGAUGGGCACUGUAAUGGGUUCCCUGUGGGAGCCGAGGCUGCCAACAGGCCGACGUCAUGGAGACCCCUGGUGCUUCUCAUCCCCCUGCGCCUGGGGCUCACAGACAUUAAUGAGGCCUACGUGGAGACGCUGAAGCACUGUUUCAUGAUGCCCCAGUCCCUGGGGGUGAUCGGAGGGAAGCCCAACAGUGCCCACUACUUUAUUGGCUACGUUGGUGGGGAGCUUAUCUACCUGGACCCCCACACGACGCAGCCGGCGGUGGAGUUCUCUGACUGCUGUCGCAUCCCUGACGAGAGCUUCCACUGCCAGCACCCGCCGUGCCGGAUGAGCGUCGUGGAGCUCGACCCGUCCAUCGCCGUGGGGUUUUUCUGCAAGACUGAGGAUGACUUUAAUGACUGGUGCCAGCAAGUCAAAAAGCUGUCCCUGCUCGGAGGUGCCCUGCCUAUGUUUGAGCUGGUAGACCAGCAGCCUUCCCACCUGGCCUGCCCUGAUGUCCUGAACCUGUCCCUAGGUCGAGAGCCCCCCUCCUGGCCUGCUCUGACCCACCAGUCAGGGAGAGGCCAGCAUCUCGACUGGGCAGUCCUAGCGUCCUGUGCCCCUCCCGCCGGCGGCCCUCGGGCGUGGGGCCGCACGAUUCUUCUGAUGUAGAACGACUAGAAAGAUUCUUUGACUCAGAAGAUGAAGACUUUGAGAUCUUGUCCCUUUGAAAAUCCUGGGGUCAGCGCCUUUGAGAGCCCAGCCCUGCCUCGGGGCGUUCGGUGCACUGCAUCUCAUCCAUCCAGCCUGCCAGCCCGCUUGCUGAGUGCUGUGUGCCCGUGUUGCCUCUGCCCAGAGGGCCGCCCACUCUGCUUGUGGACUGAGGACUGCGCUGCCCUGAAGGCCUUACUGGUUGGAGUCAGACUUCCCAGCUCAGAACACUGGUCUGGGCUUGCAGGGUCCUCAUGAGGAGCUGCCCAUCAGAAGCCCAGUGCAGCCGGGUCAGGAGCUUGCAGAGUUCUCCUCUUGACACUGCCAGCCCUGAGCUAGUACAUCAGCCUCGGUCCUACUUCCUCCUGGGCACCCGGUUCUGUGGUUUGUUUGGAAUUAAAGUCCUGUUGGAAGUUGUUCAACACAGACAUGAAUUUCUGGGGCACUUCCCAAGUCAUAAUCUCAGAAGACCUGCGGGUUGGCAUGAGGAGCAACAGCCAUAUUGUGGCUUUUGAGCCGUGGACUGGGCUGCUUGUGCUGGGCAGGGCAGGCUCUCAGGCUGUGUGCCCUCUGCCCAGCAUGGUUUAUCAAGGGCUACCUCAGUGGGAGAUCAGGUUGUAAGGUUUUUCCUUGCUUUGGGGAGAAAAAUACUCAAGGGCGGGGCAUUUGGGAAAUCCAAAGAUGUCAGUGGGCACAAGACACGGCUGGACAGCCUGGGCUGCAAGGCAGCUGACACACCCUGGGGGCGUCUUCUGGAGUGACAGUCCUCAAAGGGUCCCUGUAGGGGCGCAGCUUUCCGUCUCCCUUAAGGGGUCGUGUCAUUCUGAGCUGUACCACGUGCUGCUGCUUGCUUCAGUUUCCCUCGUGGUGGGCGGUGGGAGGAAGGGGCGGAGCCCAUGGCUACCCGAGAGCCUUCUGCUGUGUCCUUGCCCUUCUCAGAAUUGCCCUCCUGGGUCACUGAGGUUUCAGAUGGUUUGGGGCCAAACGGGUAAAACCACCUCAGCUUUGUGGUGCCUAAUGGGCAGAUGGUUAGACAGAUGGGGCAGGACAGGCACCCGUUGCUUGUGGCAUCAGUUGGCGAUGUUUCCAGACCCUCCUCAGCACUAAUCUCAGCACUUGCUACCCUUUUAACUCUGGUCUCCUGGAGUGCACCGUCGCUACACUAGUCUGCUUGUCUGACCUCGAAAAGUGGCUUUGGUCCUACUAGAAAACGUAAGCCAAGGGGCUUGGGGAGCUUUGGGAGUGGCUGACCACUGGGGCCUUUCUAAAAGGCCCUUCCCUCAGUGAGGGCAGAACUUGCUGCUGCUGUGUGGACAGACGUGUCCUGGCUGUGGCUGCACGUGGCGUCUGUUAAGAGGUAACAGAGGACACCCACCGGACCCCCAAGUGUUGAUGACGUCAUUUAUUUCCUCUUAUUCUUUCUCUUUUUCCCUCCGUCCUCCUGCUUCCUCCCUCAGGUGCAGUUGGGGUGAACAGGAGGGCGGGCUGCGGCAGUCUCCAUUCCUUUAGGGCUCUGCGCCUCCGCGUUGGCACAGCACCACUGCCGCUGGUGGGGCACUAAGGAGGGUCCUACUGCUGGGACGCGGAAGUGGGCGGAACACCUUGACCAAAGGGGACAUUUGUCCCAUGUGUUUUGAAAAAGGCUUUAUUGAAGAGAAUGUUGUUCAUUCCUAGUAGAAUAGUUUGCAAUUCUUAAUGGCAAAUAAUAACAGUUUCAGUAGAAAGUA